UUUAUACGCACCUGCUUUUUCCAGAUCAUGCAUCUGUGUGAUUUUCGGUCUUCAAUGUGUUGAUCAGUGUCGAUGUAAAUAUGCAGCUGUAGAUGGAACAUGUGGAGUAAAAAAGGUUAGAAAAUAAAGACGGUUACCGAGGUCUGCUCUGAAUCAUAAAAACGAAAAUAUUUAUUUAAAAACAUAAUUUGAAAAAUAAUGUCUGCGUAUCGUCUGAUUUCAUGGGGUGCCAAUUCCCAUGGUCAACUAGGACAAGGUUUAUUAUCCGAGCAAUUUAUUUUACCUCAAGAAGUUGAUUUAUCCAAAUGUUCCCUGAGGCCAGAAGCCAUAAGGAAAAUUGUUGGUGGUGCUGGACAUACACUGAUUUUGGAUGCAGACGGACACGUUUAUUCCUGUGGAUUGAACACGAAAUGUCAAGCGGGGAGUGCUAACGUGGAGCAAAAAAACAUUCUGAUGUUUCAGAGAGUAUGCACUCUUGAACACGAAAUAGUGAUCGACAUCUGUUGUGGAUGGGAUAGUUCUGCGGCAUUAACGAAUAAUGGCGAAUUAUAUGUAUGGGGUUCCAAUCGUUAUGGGCAAUUGGGUUUGGAUCCUUCAGAGUUUCCUUCAAUAUCACAUCCUCAUAGAAUCUCCUUCAAUGAAAAAAUAAAAAAUGUUUCAAUGGGUCUACGACACACGGCCGUAAUAACAGAGAGUCGUAAAAUCUAUGUUUGUGGAUCGAAUAACAGAGGACAAUUGGGUUUAAUUAAUCCAGAAACCAUGGAACCUUAUAUUCGUCUUGGUACCUUUACCAAAGUUGCAGAGUGGACGAUGCAAGGAAACGUGGAGAAUGUUGCCUGCGGUCAGUACCAUACUGUCGUUAUAACAAAAAGGCAAACAUACAAUAUGUACGUUUUUGGUGACAAUAAGCAUGGACAGUUGGGAUUCUUUCCUAAGACAUCAUCUGAAACACGCAUAUCGCAACCUAUAUGCAUUCCGCUCUCUGGCGUACAACACGAUGCAGCAAUUCAGAUUCAUACAGGCUGGAGCCACGUAAAUAUCUUGAGCAAUGGUAUUGUUUUUUCGUGGGGAAGAAAUGAUUAUGGUCAAUUGGGUCGCUCUUUCUCGAAACCAGAAAAUGAAAUUUUUAUGGAAGACAGACUUCAAUAUGUUGAACAUAUACCGAAAAUCGUUCAACUUUCAAUUGGAUCGGAGCAUAAUAUUGCCUUAACUGACAACGGCGCAGUGUUAUGCUGGGGCUGGAACGAGCAUGGAAACUGCGGUAACGGAAAAACAGAGAAUGUUUUGCGGCCAGAGUUUCUUCCAGUUCCGUCUAAUUUAGUUGCUGUUCUCGUUGGUGCAGGCGCAGGACAUUCAUUCGCUGUGAUAAAAGACACUGGUUAACCACGAUAUUAUUAACAUUAGUAUAAAUUUGUUAUUUAUUAAAUAUUUUAAUCGUGUACCAAUGCAGUAUUUUUAUAAAUAUAUCUUGACAUUAUACUUGUCAA